GGAUUUGGGGUUUGCAACCCAUAGCAAAUAAAAGGGUUAAAGCCCGCCCGGCCCAAAAGCCAGUUUCCCCCUUCUUCUAGUUCUAAUAUUGGCGCUCACAAUUUUCAAGCCAUCACUCGCCGGCGCCAAUUCCAACUGCGCUUUAGAGAGAGAGAGAGAGAGAGAAACAUCGUUCGUAUCCGUGUCUGUGCCAGGGAGAAGAAACAAAUGGCGGACGCUUGUGAUCCGCUCGACUUUGAGUUUGAAGAGCCCAUUCAGUUUUCCCCUCCUCCACCGAAGAAAAAGAAGAAACUUAUUGGGUUGGAUGAUCUCUUGAAUGAUAUCCAGAAAGAGCAAAAGAGGCUUGAUGAGAAAAAAAUCAAACAAAAGAAGGGCCGAAAGAUUUUUGAUGCAGAUGACGAUGAUGAGGAUGCUGAAGAGGCGCUACUAUCAGAAUGUGUUGACAAGUGCGAGCAAGAGAUAAAUCGAAUAAAUGGUGAUGAACAAAUGCCCUUCUGGGGCAUACAGGUUUUUGGAGAUCAGGAGAAGUUGCCUCAGCAAGAACAUCCAGAACUGAAGAGUUCUGCUUUCAUGCAGUCAUUCACGAAGCAGAAGAUCAAUCCACUGCUGGAAUUAAACAUUGAGAAAGGUGAAGAUUUCCUUGAAGGAUUGUUGGCAGAUGGGUGGUUACUGCACCUUGUGCGUACCUCUGGCUGUGUUGAGAAAUCUAUUGCAACAUGGACAUUUAACUUAAUGUUAUAUUCAUCAAAGAUGUGGUUGAUGCAAGCUGCCUGUGACUUCUGGUCCGCUAUACUCUCAAUUAGAGAUAAGGCUGAUACUUCUAGCUUCAAGAUUGACUGGUUACCUAGGUAUUCAGAUCUGAAGAGAGCUCUCCAAACUUAUGGCUUUCUUUUUGAUUCAUCUCCUAAGUCUUCAUCAGACAUUGAGAUGGAUUCUUCUGAUUCCAUUACAGCAGGACCACCACAAAACAUUCGAUGUUGGAUAAAGUUUGUUGGUUUCUGUUGCCAAUUAAGGGAUGCAGAUAUAAUUGUCCCAACUCAAGAAGCAGAAGACUUGCUGGUUAUAAUCAUCUCUCUCUUUCUAGAUCGACAACUUGUAGGACUAGCUGUUAUAUUGCAUGAGAGCUUGCACUUAGUAGUAAAUUCCUUCAAAGAUGAGGAAUGGCCCAAUUGCUGUGAGAAAGUAGCUGAAUCUUUGGCCUCCAGAUUGCCUUGCAAUAUAAAUUGUUUGAGAGUGGUGGAGAGUAUUGCGGGAGUCAGUGGGAGAAGUAAGCAGCUUCGAAGUGCAGUGGCGCUACAAUUUCUUGCAACAAUUUUAAAAAAGAAGGUAAGUAACGCAAUGAAGAUCCUAAGAUCGCUAACUGCUGUAAAUGUUAAAGACAAGAACUGUGAUCUCUUCCAAAUGUAUAUAUGCUUGAGUCUGGCAGAGAACUGGAUAUUCUUUGACACCGCGUCAAAAGAUAAAGCAGUAAUACACGAGUUAUGGGGCACUUGUCUCCGUAAUUGCUCUUCUGGUAUCACCAUCACCGAUUUGAGGUCUUAUGCUUCAAACGUCCGCAGUAAAGCUUCAUAUCUUCUACAAAGCAGUGCAAAUAUGGUUUGAGUCUUUAACUCUGUUGGUGGGCUGAGUGGCACCGAUAUGAGAUCUCUAUUCCAAAACCAUAUCUCUUGGAAUAGAGGAUCUCGUCUAUGUGGCUCCACAUGGGGAAGGAUCGGAAAGCUUAGGGUGCAUCAACACAAUUCACGAGUGAUGAAUCAAGAAAAGCAUACAUGGAGGUUCCUUUUUGCUAUCAUCGUACAUUAAUGUUUAUAUUUCUCGUUUGUAUACUAAGGAUAUUCACAUUUGCAUAUACGAUCAAAGCCAGUCCAAUGUGUACUUCCAAUGUGUACUGCUAAACAACAUUGAUUUAAUUAUGAAACGUAGUUUUAUUGCUGGGAAAA